GGGGUACCCUAUGAAACUCUUCUUUUCUUUCUCUCUCUGCGCCUUAUAAGUGUUGUGUGAGUCAUUGGGAAAUGAUGGGGAAAAAAGCUUGACGGUGUAGCUAACCAAAGGUGCUUGUUCUCCUCACUUUCCUUUCACUUCUAACGCUUCUAUAUCUCUCUCUCUCUACUUCGAUCAUUUCAGCUCUUUCUAGACCUAUUCACCCACUUCUGUCGAGACUUCUUUUCUCUCUUUUUCUUUUACUUGCAUUUUUCUAUUUCUCUGUUAUCAAACACGGCUGCUGUGGGCUCUAUAAUCAAGUGAUCAGUCAGUUACAAUGGCUGAGCCGCUGAAUUCUGAAACUGAGAGCAGUUCCAACUCUGGCUCUUCUUCUUCAUCCUCUCCGUCCUCUCCUGGCUCGUCUCAGUCACGUCCCAACUCCUCGAAACCGGAGCCAGAGUCGAAGAAGAUGAAGAGAAUCCGGGACUCCAGCAAACACCCGGUAUACCGGGGGGUGAGAAUGCGGAACUGGGGCAAAUGGGUGUCUGAAAUUCGGGAGCCUCGCAAGAAAUCGCGUAUCUGGCUCGGCACUUUCCCUACGCCUGAAAUGGCUGCCAGAGCUCACGACGUGGCGGCGUUGAGCAUCAAAGGAAACUCCGCGAUUCUCAAUUUUCCCCAACUAGCCGCCUCCCUGCCUCGCCCCGUCUCACUCGCUCCACGCGACGUCCAAGCGGCCGCGGCCAAGGCCGCGGCGAUGGAUAAAUUCGACUCUCCGUCAUCCUCCUCCUCGUCCUCAUCAUUGUCGUCAUUGGUGUCCUCCAUCGACCUAUCGACGGCGUCGGAUGAAUUGAGCGAAAUCGUCGAGUUACCCAAUCUGGAUCCGAGUUUCGACUCGCCGGAGUCCAAGACCGAUUUCGUGUUCGACGACUCUGCUGAUGGGUGGCUCUACCCUCCACCAUGGCUGCAGAGUGUCGAGGAUUGUGGGUAUUUCUCCGAACAGUUACUGGUGCCAGAGAGUUUGAUCCCCGGUAGCUUUGAAGCCUUUUUGUGGGAUAAUAAUUAGUGUUCAAAAAAAAAAAAAAACAUCUUGUGUGUGUCUCUUUUUUGUUUUUGUUUUUGUUUUCUCUGAUUUUGAUUUUCUUGCUUUUGUUUUUUGUUGUUUUUGUUUUCAUUUUUGAGCCCUUGUGAUUUUUCUUUAAAAGGGCUAAAACCCUCUCUCCCCCGCCCCUCUCUCAUUACCUUCCUCUUUCUCUCUGUGUCCAUGUAAUCUCUUCAAUGAAUCUAACUGUACAUUGCUAGGGUGGAAAGAGCUAAAUGUCAUAAAUUUUCUUUCUUGGUUGGUGCGAACA